ACUAUUGGUUAAGAGAAUUCGCAUUAAAAGUUAUACCCUAACAAAACAUAGCACAAAAAAUGAACUUAAUAAGUGGCAUUAAGUUGUACAUUGAGAAAAUGUGCAGCGAGUCCGGGCCAGGCAUGAAAAUAAUUUUGCUAGACAAGGAUACGACCAGCAUUAUAUCAAUGGCAUUUAGUCAGUCCGAUAUGCUUCAACGAGAGGUUUAUUUGUUUGAACGCAUUGAUUCUGGACGUUCCAAUGAGCGCCUAAAGUAUCUCAAAUGCAUUGUCUUCAUUCGGCCUACAAAACAAAACAUACAGCUGCUAGCCAAUGAGCUGCGAAAUCCCAAAUACAGCGCGUACUUCAUAUAUUUCAGCAAUAUAAUACCACGCACGGACAUAAAGUAUUUGGCCGAAUGCGAUGAGUCAGAGUCAGUGCGUGAGGUGAAGGAGCUAUAUGCGGACUAUCUAUGCGUGAAUCCCAAUCUCUUUUCUCUCAAUAUUUCAAAUUGCAUGACACGGCUUAACUGGUUGCCUGAUGCUCUAACGCGCAGUGUCCAGGGAAUUACAUCUGUGCUACUGUCCCUGAAGCUGAAUCCUGUUAUACGUUAUCGCGCUGGUUCGCAGGCUUCACAAUUACUGGCCAAACUAGUUUACGAUCAGACGACUAAAGAAUCAACGCUUUUUGACUUCCGUUCCAAUGCUGAUGGCACAGCGCCUCCGUUGCUUUUAAUAUUGGAUCGUCGCGAUGAUCCUGUGACGCCUUUACUGCAUCAAUGGACUUAUCAGGCCAUGGUGCACGAGCUGUUGACCAUACGCAACAAUCGCGUUGAUUUGUCAGAGCGCGCUAAUGUUCCCAAGGAUUUCAGGGAACUAGUGCUUUCUGGCGACCAGGAUGACUUUUAUGGGAAAAACAUGUACGCGAAUUACGGCGAAAUUGGCUCGACUAUCAAACAAUUAAUGGAGGAAUUUCAACGCAAGGCCCACGAUCAGAAGAAAGUAGAAAGCAUUGCGGAUAUGAAAAACUUUAUCGAAACGUAUCCACAAUUCAAGAAAAUGUCUGGCACAGUGCAGAAACAUUUGUGCGUCAUUGGCGAAUUAUCCACGCUAACGAAUAAACGAAAUCUGUUUGAAGUUUCCGAACUGGAGCAGGAGAUUGCCUGCAAGGCCGAACAUUCGGCCCAGUUGCAACGUAUUAAAAAACUGAUUGCAGAUGAACGCAUUAGCAUUGAUGAUGCAAUCAAGUUGGUGGCUCUUUACGCGCUGCGCUAUGAACGUCAUGCCAAUUGCGAUACUUCAGGAUUGUUGCAGAUUAUCAAGACUCGUGGUGGACGCACACAAAUUGUGCCCAGUCUUAUUGAAUACGCAGGCACACAUGUACGCCAAGGCGAUCUCUUUAACAUGGUGCGCAUUACAGACGCCGUAAAACUAACCCGAAAUUUAAUCAAGGGACUUAAAGGUGUUGAAAAUGUGUUCACGCAGCAUACGCCGCUACUAAAAGAGACUCUGGAGGAUGUCUUUAAAGGUCGUGAGCUGGAUCCCAUCUAUCCGGCCAUCAAUUCCGAGCUUGUGCCAUUCCGCCGGCCACCGCAAGAAGUGGUGGUCUUCAUUGUUGGUGGUGUCACCUACGAAGAAGCUUUGUCUGUCCAUCAGCUUAACAAUGCCGGAUAUAAAGUCAUUCUUGGCGGCACCACCAUACACAAUUCCGAGAGCUUUAUCAAUGAAGUAUUAAUGGCAACAGAUGGAGUGCAAUUUAAACAUACCAAAUCCAUGGUGAGAUAUUGUUCCUCGGACAACCUUUAGGGGCUCUACCACGUACAUUAUUUGUUAAAUAUUUAAGCAUAUUUAUACUACUACUACUACAAAUUGUGUAAUCAAAGCUAAUUUAUGUUAUUUCUAUGUUUAAUAUACAUAAAUUAUUAUUAUGUA